AUGGCACUGCUCGGCAUGCCCGACGAUGUUCUCAUUAGAAUUCUGUCGUCGGCUUCACUAAACGACGUCAUCAAUGCCAGACGUGUAAGUAGAAGGAUUCAUUGGAUCGUCGAGAAGUACAAUCUUGUCAAGCCCACUGUAACGGAAUUCAGUGUCGUCUGCCGAGGAUGUCCGUCGAGUCUUCGGAGUUUCGAGAAAAGUGUGGUUCUCCAUCGGAGAGCGUUCACCCAAAUCCGAAUGAAACGCGAGCGCGUCGAGAAGCACAUUCAGGCGACGUUCUCGACGGCGAUUUGGGGUGUCGCUCAAUCGGUUGAAUAUAUCAAAACCAAUAUGAGAAUGUCAAAAAUCACAAAAUCGCUUUCAUUCGAAGGCGUCACUAUCGACGAGGAGUUCUUCAAAAUGCUCACCGCGCCGUGGAACGAUCUCACCGAGGUAUCCGAGCUUCACCUUCAAACGUGUGCCAUCGAGAUCAAUCGCGAUCAAUUCAUUCGCCUUCUAGCCGGCAUGCGCAUCAGCAGCCUCAUCAUCGAAUUCUGCACAUUUCAUCAAUCUCUCAUUUCGAAUCAAGUGCUAAUGUCGCUUGAAAACCUUGAAACAUUCCAUGUGCGUCCGAGAAGCAGUAUGUGGCUUCCGGAGCUCACCGACGAGCUCAUCGUGUUCUGGAAGCAGCUUCCCAAGGUGCCCAGAAUGAUCAACUUGUACGGAUGCUGCACAAAUAUCACACCAAUUCAGAUUCCGACAAUGUUUUUGGAGGCUAUUAAGCAAUCCGGCGAUCCAUUUGAAUGGGACUUUGGCAUCCUUCGAGAUUCGUCGAUCAAACCUUCCGAUCACCUCCUCGCUCUUCUAUUCGACCCAUUCUUCUGCAUGCACACUGAUGAGGAUGCCAAUGAGAAGCGUUUCCAUUUGAGCAAUUCUUCGAAGAAUAUGCACAUCUAUUUCAAUGUUCCAUACGGCGACGAUUUCAGAAGAAAUGAGGUGACGAUCACACCGUCGCUUCCAACCAAUGACAUCCUUCGACGAUUGGAGGCCAUCGAGAAGAAAUUUUUUGUCGAUUGA